AGCAACUGCUGCCACCCAGAGCACGCGCGUGGCUUGGGUCCUUCCCCCUCGCGGGCCCGGCCCAGCCACUCGCAACCCAAGCAGGAAGGGAAAACGAAGCAGCAGCAGCAGAAGAAGAAAAAGAAAUAAAAUAUUUAAUGAAAAGUUCCAUGGCCUAGGCACUCCCCCCCCCCAAACUCAUGGUCCGUGAGUGAGGCUCGUUGUGCGCAAGGCUCCCGGUGUUCCACCCGCCGACACGCGCACGGGCAUCAUCAUCAUCCUCAUCCUGUGCUGCAGCCACUCCACCCGCUCACCGCCUCGUGGCACCGGGGCCAGUCCGGACUGGCCCAAGUAAGAGCAGCGUGCUGCUGCUGUAGCUGCUGUACGACCGACAGGGAGAGCGAGAGAGCGAGAGAGAGAGCCACGUCUCGGGGCCUAAGUUGCCAGCGUUCAACAACGACAAACUCGAGGAUGAAACCAGAGCUGUACACGGCGAGGCGAAGGUGACGCGAACCUCAGCGAAAGACCCCCAAGGCUCUGCCGGACGGAGUCUGCCGAUGCCCACGGCGCAAGCAUGGCGGACUCGCUCGGCGCGAACGUCAGCAACCUUCAGAAGAAGAAGCCAUCAUGGCUCACCCUGAAAAUCCCUGCGACGCAAGCGGACGCGGCACCGGCGACACUCCAGGAACCCGGCUCGGGCCAGCCCUCGGGCGCGCGGCCCGUGUACCGCUGGAGCGUCAGCAUGCCCGUGGAGUCGCACGGACCGCCCACCGGCACGGAGAUGGGGAAACCCUCCUUCCAGCGGCAGGGCUCUGUGGCUCAAUCAAUCCGACGCUUCACAUUUUCCAAGAACCCUCCUCGUAACCGGGUUCAGUCGGUGCUUGAGAGGGGCCAGUUUGCCAACAGGCGUGUGGCACCCCAUCCCAAGCGAGCCUCCACCCGAUCACGGGACAUGGUCAGGGGCACGGCCGAGUGGUUUGGCGUGGGCCGCGACUGCGAGGCCGAGCAGCAGCGAUGGCAGAGACGCACGCGCAGGCACUGCAGCCUGCACCUGGGCAAGCUUAAGCCGCAGUACCUGCGCGAGAUGGAAAUGCCCAGCCAGGACACCAUCUCCCAAGCCAGCAAUGAGACGCCGCAGCCCUUCUACCUCGGCAUGCAGAGGAUCUAUGACCCACUGGCACGUGGACGAGCUUACAGGGCCACGGACGACUUCUACGAUGGAGUCAGCGUCCCGCGCACGCCGAUCACGCCCGGCGCCGCCUCGAUCUCCUCCUUCACCAGCUCUGUCGUCGGCCGCUCCUACGUGCGCCGCAAGCGGCAGUCGGUCGCCAAGAUGAGCAUCCGCGCCGCCACCGCCCUGGUCAAGAGACGAUCAAUCAGAGAGGGAACCUUGAGGCUGGGACCAAUGCAGCGCUGCAGCUUCGUGCCCACGAGCUUCAUGGACGACGACACUCUGGAGCACGUCGAGGAGCUGGAUACCUCCUUCUUUAACAGAGAAGCCGCCGUGCCGGAGGAGACGUCUGCCUACCUGGACGAGGUGUUUGAGUCGAUCCCGGAGGCGGCCGUCUCAGCGGAGGACAAGGAGAAGGAGGAGGAGGAGGCGUCGCCCCCCCGGCCGGAGCCGCCCGACCUCUCGGGGAUGCCCCUGCAGCGCGAUGCGCUGGAGAUGGCGCACUGCUUGCUGCCGGAGAGAGGGUGGAGGAAGCCGAGUCCCGGUAGCACCACCGCCCAGCAGCAGCAGGCGACGGCGGCGGGCACCCGCGUCCCUCUGCGGCAGGAGGUGGUGAGCACUUGCGUGCAGCGGCGGCGGGGCAAGCGCAUCCCUCGGCUGGUGCACGAGCUGGCGUUCGUGCGCGAGAAGCGGCCGUACGGCCUGGGCAUGGUGGGCCGGCUCACCAACCGCACGUACCGCAAGCGCAUCGACAGCGUGACCAAGCAGCGGCUGGAGGAGCUGGACGACCACAGGCCAUACUUCACGUAUUGGAUUACGUUUGUGCACAUCUUGAUCACCAUCCUGGCCGUGUGCAUCUACGGGAUUGCUCCCGUCGGCUUUGUACAGCACGAGACGUCUGGCACGAUUCUCACGCACAAAGGAAUAUAUGACAGCGCUACGUAUCUGCAGCAUGAAAACUUUUGGAUUGGCCCAAAUUCGGAGUCUCUCAUCCACCUCGGAGCAAAGUUCUCCCCGUGCAUGAGGCAGGACAUGCAGGUGUUCAAUCUGAUCAAGCGGGCGCAAGCGACGGAGGGCGAGUCCGGGUGCUGCGUCCGCAACGACGGCUCGGGAUGCGUGCAGACGUCGCGCAAGGACUGCUCCGAAUCGCUGUCAACGUGGAUCAAGUGGCCAGAAAACGAUUCUCCCUCGCUCGGAGAAGUGGCCAGAACAUCUGGGGCAGUUUGUGGGCAGGACCCAAGAAUUUGCGAAGAGCCGGCUUCGGUGCCGCCUCACGAGUGGCCGGAUAACAUCACAAAGUGGCCGAUUUGCACAAAAGUGGCCCUGGGAAACUUCACCAGUUUCGCACACAUGGAUUGCGACGUCACUGGACACCCAUGCUGCAUUGGUACCAAAGGACGAUGUGAAAUUACAUCAAGGGAGUACUGCGACUUCAUGAACGGCUACUUUCAUGAAAAAGCAGCCUUGUGCUCGCAGGUGUACUGCAUGCACGAUGUGUGUGGCUUGCUGCCCUUCCUCAACCCGGAGGUGCCUGAUCAGUUCUACCGCUUGUGGCUGUCGCUCUUCCUACAUGCUGGGAUACUGCACUGCCUGCUCUCGGUCUGCUUCCAAAUGACCGUCUUGCGGGACCUCGAGAAGCUGGCGGGGUGGCUGCGCAUAUCCAUAAUCUACCUCCUCAGUGGGAUCACGGGCAACUUGGCCUCGGCCAUUUUCCUGCCCUACAGGGCCGAGGUGGGACCAGCUGGCUCGCAGUUCGGAAUCCUGGCAUGCCUCUUCGUGGAGCUGCUGCAGAGCUGGCAGGUGCUGACUCGGCCGUGGCGGGCGCUCGCCAAGCUCCUGGGCAUCGUCCUGUUCCUCUUCGCAUUCGGCAUGCUGCCCUGGGUCGACAACUUUGCACACUUCUUCGGCUUCCUCAGCGGGCUCAUGCUGUCCUUCGCCUUCCUGCCCUACGUGACGUUUGGGCGGCUGGACAAGUGCCGCAAGCGUCUCCAGAUCAUGGCGUCGUCGCUGGUGUUUGUGGGCCUGUCGGCUGCCCUGGUGGUGUGGUUCUACGUCUACCCCAUCACCUGUUCCUGGUGCGAAUACCUCACCUGCAUUCCCUUCACGGAAGAAUUCUGUGAAAAAUACGACCUGGAUCCAAACCUUCACGGGGUGUGAAAUGUUUCACUCAUUUGCACAUUCUUUAAAAAAGCAUUUAAAUGAACGAAAUGACUUUAGCUGAACCAAAAAAAAGUUUUUAUAAAUCACACGAAGGGCUUUGGAUAGCAUUUAUCAAUGCCUAAAGCUGGUGCUGCUUCUGUUCAAAACACACGAACGUGAAACCGUUCCAUCAAUAACACCACAAGUGUUAUUUAGUCGAAGAGUUUAUUUGCAGCCUUAGAACCGUGCCAAAAAGAUGGAUUUUGCCAGAUUGCAAUCGAUCUCAAAAAUACCACCCUUCUGCUUCGCUGUCAAGACUGCCUUUCCAAAAACAAACCCAAACUCUUGUUAUAGGACUGCAUUAUUUUUUAGCACGACCGAAUGCACCCAAGUUGUUGGUCAUCCAAUUCCAGCACUUCACUUGAUGUGCAAGACAGUUGAAGCCCCUCCCCCCUCCCACCAUUGACGUUGCAAACCAAAUGAAACUCGUACCAAGGCAGAAUCAUUAACCGCUUUGGGGCAAAGGUCACAAUGUCAUGGAUCAAUGGAUGUUAUUACAGAUUAAAAGAUGAGGAUUCUACCAAAUGCAAGCUAUCAGGAAUGCACCAAUCACACCUGGGCCAGUAACUUAGGAUGGAUAAGUACAUGCCUUGCCGCAAGUGGCCCCAGCAGCAUGGAUACAAGUAAAUGGUUGGCGUUUCGUUUCUUGAGUCCUUCAGCAUUUCAGACCGUAAUGGAGUAUUUACUGCACACAAUAUUUGGCUUAACCAAGACCAAAGAAAUCCAAAACUGUCACCUGCUGGUUGCACAGUAGGUCGUCGUGAAGCACAAGCACAUUCGGCAGAUCAACCCUCAGUGUGCGCGGUUUUGGGUUGCUGCCACAUUGCCUUCGGCAUGUCCGACGUUCUGCUCCGUGUCCAGGGGAGGAGUGUCUUCAGGAACUACUGCCCCAUCGUGGGGAAACCGCAAACUCCAACCCUUGGCAAAACCCGUUGGGGAGAGCUGCAACAGCACAACUGCGACAAAAACCUACAAGGGCUUUUGUUUGACCAUUUGUGCCGGUGGAAAAUAUAAAAAUCGCUUGCGGUCACAGCGUAUGGGCAAACCUGCACAUCCCGAAUGGUUGGGUUUUAUGUUUCCGAGCAAUUGUUUUUUAAUGCUGUAAAUGGAAUUGAAUUCCAAAUGACGAUGUAAUGUUUGUGUGCAAACCUUUAGCUUUAUAGUGCCUUGCUGCAAAACUCACAUUUUAGGGACCAAUUGAGAAGCCCCUACACCACAGCCUUAUUUAAUUUUAUCUGCCACUAUUUUACACGUGGAAUUUUUGUAAGAUUACCUUUGAAACUGUAGUGUUUUAACUACGUAAAAUGGCACAUACCAAGGGAGAUAAGCAGCAGUGUUGAAAUGCAAUCGAUUUUUUUUAAAUGCAUUGCUUAUUUAUUUAUGUUACAAUCAUUAAAAUG